CACAGCGGAUCUGACACUGAGAGUUCCCUCCACACACACCGCUCCAACAGACGCCAACACUGACUGAUCCUCUGACUUCAUUUUGAUCCUCUUUGGAGAUUUUUUUUUAAUUUCUGCUUCUCCGAUUUAACCCUUGGAUUUGUUCUGGAUUUUACGCACUUAUUCUUUGGACCUGUGGUGCUUUCUGCCCUGGACGCUCGUGCCCACACGUCAUGGCGCGGUUGUUACUAUCGUGUCUCCUGCUGUUUGUCUCCGCGCACACGGCUCUCUCCUCCGGUGUCUUCGAGCUGAAGAUCGACUCCUUCAGCAGCUCCCGCGGCGUCUGUCGGCACCAGUCCCGGGACUGCCAGAUCUUUUUUCGCGUGUGCCUCAAGCACUCGCAGGACGUCAUCAACCCGGAGCCUCCGUGCACGUACGGAACUGCGCUAACAGAAAUCUUCGGGGCAGACUCCAACUCCAUCUCCGAGAGUUCGCCCAUCAGGGUUCCGUUCCACUUCAAGUGGCCGGGGACUUUCUCUCUCAUCAUUGAAGCCUGGAACGCGGAGUCUUCUGGACUCGGGUCUACAGAGAACCAGAACAACCUCAUCAGCCGACUGGCGACCCGUCGCAGGCUCACUGUUGGCGAGGAGUGGUCCCAGGAUGUUCACUUUGGGGACCAGAGCGAACUGAGAUACUCUUACCACGUUGUCUGCAACGAGUUCUACCAUGGCGAGGCGUGCUCCGCCUACUGCAGGCCACGUAAUGACACCUUUGGACACUACACCUGUGAUGAGGAUGGGAACCGGCAGUGUCAGGAGGGCUGGAGGGGCGAGUACUGCUCGGAUCCCAUCUGUACAGCGGGGUGCAGCGAGCAGCAUGGCUUCUGUGAGUCUCCCGGGGAGUGUGUGUGUCGGCAGGGCUGGCAGGGCGAGCGCUGCGAUGAGUGCGCCCGACACCCCGGCUGCCUGCACGGGACCUGCCAGCAGCCCUGGCAGUGCAACUGCAAGGAGGGCUGGGGGGGUCUGUACUGUGACCAAGACCUGAACUACUGCACCAACCAUAAGCCGUGCCAGAACGAUGCUUCAUGCACCAACACCGGCCAGGGCAGCUACACCUGCACCUGCAGACCAGGGUUCUCCGGCAAAAACUGCGAAAUUGAGACAAACGAGUGCGACAGCAACCCCUGCAAGAACGGAGGCAGCUGCAAGGAUUUGAUCAGCGAUUACUCCUGCGCAUGCCCUCAGGGAUUCUACGGGAAGAACUGUGAAAUCAGCGCAAUGAGGUGCGCUGACGGGCCUUGCUUUAACGGAGGAACCUGCAUUGAGAACAUCGCUGGCGGAUAUAGUUGCCGCUGCCUGGCUGGGUUCACGGGCUCCAACUGUGAGAAGAGGAUAGACAAGUGCAGCAGCAACCCCUGCGCUAACGGCGCUCAGUGUUUGGACCUUGGGAAGCGUUUCAUGUGCCGCUGUCGGCCUGGCUUCACCGGCACUCUCUGCGAGACCAACAUCGACGACUGCGCCAGCAACCCCUGCCGCAACGCCGGCACCUGCAUCGACGGCGUCAACGACUACACGUGCUCCUGCACGCUAGGCUACACCAGUAAGGACUGCUCUGUGCGUACCAGCCCCUGCAACCAAUUCCCGUGCGAGAACGGGGGCACCUGUUACACCCACUUCACCGGCCCAGUGUGCCAGUGUCCGACAGGCUUUAUGGGCGCUCGCUGUGAGUACCCUGUGACCAAGACAACGAUAAAACCGCCUGUGAAUGCAGAUUCCCCUCCAGCGCUGAUCGCUGCUAUUACCCUUGGCCUGGUGACGCUGAGCCUUCUGAUGUGCGCCGCUGUCCACAUUCUCCGCCAGCUCCGUCGGGGCAGGGCGCUGGCCAUGUCUACAUCGGUGAAAAACGACUUGGAGACUGUCAACAACCGCAACGCGGUGAUUGGUGGCGGCGGUCCUAAUAAUGGCGGCUUACCUGGAGCACCGCUGGGCAGCCUAAGAGAGAAGGAGGCCUUCCUCAUCUCCGGAGGGCAUCUCAAAGUGUCCAAUAAGGACGCAGCUCUGGUGGAGAAGUGCGAUGACAGCAUGGCCAUGUUUAAAAAUAAAAUGGCCGACUGUAACCUGGCGAAGGAGGAGCAGCACCUGGCCAAGAACAAGUUAGACCUUAGAAAGUGUGACUCGUCCAUCAUCACACCUCCUCUCAGUUUUGUGAAAGACAGCUUGUAUCACCCAGUGUUCAUCAUCCCAGAGCAGAUGGAGCAGUGUGUGUUUGCUACUGAGGUAUAACCUCCAGUUCUCAGACCGCCAGCUAAGGAACUUUACUGCUUAAGGCCUGAAACUUUCCGUCCAGAACCCAGAGGAUCUGAUCUCCACACAUUUUAUUUAAUAUUUAUAACUGCUGCUCAGUGGAAAGAGACCGAACAAAAGGACUUGUUUCAUCCUCCUCUGCUUCGAUACUGAUAUUGUUUGGAUGAUUUUAAAAGAACGAGUAGUGAAAAGAGGAAAGACUGAAUGUCUGGCAUCAUUUGCACUAUUUAUCUUUUUUAUACUUUAAAUCUUAAUAUAAUUUUUUUCUGUGUAUCUGGAUUUUUUUUUGUGAACAAGAGGACGUACAUUAUCGGAACUGUCCGCCAAUCAGAGACACCGGUGCCUUUAGCAACGCUCCCCAAUCAAUACAGCAAUUGUUCCCUGCAUUUAAUCAACUCACAGGAGGACCUGUUUACAGGAACGGAGAAAUUCCCUCACACAUCAUAAGAAGAUGACGAGUUUGUGUCUGGCUUUCUGUCGUCACGCCGUUCUUUGAAAGUUAUGCAUCACAUUGUGGCCUGUAGGAAAACGAACAUCAGCAGCUUUACAAUCACAUCCAGUCCUACGAACUCUCAAGUGCCUCUUUUUCAAUGGGACAUUAAUCCAGGACUCAGGAUGAGAGGAUUUUGUUUGUUCUGAAAGCCAGUGAGAGUGUAUCCUUAUCCACAGUCCUUGGAAAACCAUUCCUAUCCACUGGAAUCAGCACCUUUUUAAUGGCAGAUGGAUCAGGUGUGCCGAUCCAGUCCUCCGCCAAGCCCUCGUAGACAGAACUUAUUCUCGUAUCCUGGUCUAAUCCCAGUGUGAAGAGGUUUUGGGUGAACCAGGAAGAAUUAGACCCUCUAUCACCUAUCCAAUCAGCCGUUUCCCGAAUUCCCCCCUCAUGAGCAGUGUUGGGUAACACUACUUUUAAAAGUGAGUCAUUAUAUCACACGAUGACAGCUGCUAAAAAACAACAGUAGCACCUCUGGGUUACCUAAAGAUGAAGCUCUUCUGCAAUCAUAGUGCUAAAAUGGCCUGAAGCCGACUGGGCCACAUACCCAUGUGUCAUUCUGCAGAACAGUUUACAGCCUGUAAUGUUAAACUCUGCAGCCUAAUAACAGAUAACAGAUGAUAUGACCGUUGCAGCACUUUAUUGGGCUGAAAAUGAACAAGGCAGAGGCCGGCUUAGUCUAAGCCAGCUGCAUGCUGUAGGUUUAGCUUCUGCAGGGUUGCAGCUACCUGCAAGAAACUGGAAGGAGGCACGCGCUUCUUAGAUAGUCUUUGCUUUAUUUUGGUGACAAAGGAGAGAUAAUUGUCUCUCUUUAUGAGUAGUGGAUAACUUAUAUGAUAAAGUAUGGAUAAAGGAGAUAACUUUGAUAACUCUGAACAUUUUAUUUUUACAACUAAAAGUAAUCCAUGAACUCAGAUGCAAUGAUUCUCCACUGGCAUAGCCUCAGGACUCACCAGCAUCUCCUGUCCAACCCAAACUCUUCAAACAAUCAGAUUUAUUUAAUGAAAAUGAUGUAGUUUGGACAUCAGCAUGGACUUGGAAUCUCUGCUCUGUAGGAUUUCUUCAAUUCCCCCAACACUGCUCAUGAAAACGCCUUGCUUUGACAAUUUUAAAGAAAAGCAUUUGUAUGGACUGUUAAACUCAAGCUGAGCUGGUUUCACCAAACUCCUCCUGUUUUCUAAUGAACUUCUAUUCCCGGACUGUUGGUGUUUACCUUUCUAUGAAUCAAACCUUGCUGCCUAUAUGAACCUCUGCUGCCACAGCAAGUUAACAGGAAUCAGUAAAAAAAAAAAAGUCUGCAGCCACCCUUUAACAUUCCCAAAACUCAAUCUGAAGAUUGAGUCUGAUCACAGCCACGGCUGCGGCUGUUUUCAUUUUAUAUUUAAAGUAAAAAGUCAUCAGUGAAGUUCCCUUUCUUUCUUUUCUUUUUAUCUAUUUGAUACCAAAAAUAUGUGUUGUUCCUGUGUAGUCAUGUCUUCGUACUCUCUUUGUUAAUUUAAGAAAACAAUGCAAUGUGUACAUAUCCUGCAGAAGAUAGUUUUCCUAUUUAAUUUUGCCCUUUGUAAAUAAUGUUGUAUUUAUGAAAGAGAAUUGUAUAUAUGUCUAUGUUAAUGUGCCUAAUGUCUCAUUCAGAA